AUGCCACAGGGAGGACGUAUUGCGGGCGACCCGUUCUUUCUCUGGAAACCUCUUCCAGAUCUCCACCGGCCAGACUUUCCCUACCACCGCGGACUCAACCUGUCCAUCCGUCGACACAGACCUCCGCCGCCUUUUGGCAUUACAGGCUACUUGAAAGGUCCGGAACGUCAGGAAUCUCCGCCAGAACCUCUUCGACAGGUGACUCAAAGUGAAUGGUGUCUACAGCAUCCACCCGCAAAUACAUUGCCGCACCAUGACUCGAGUGAACAUCAGCUCUAUAUUAUUGACGAAAUCGCCUGUGAAGAUGGAAGAGGCCCUCAAUUAGUGCGGUGUUGUCUUGACGAAGAUAAUAGUCAAACUUACGCCGCUAAGAUAUAUGAUCCUCUCUAUUACUCAUAUGCUGAUAGAGGAUUUGGCACCCCAGUGGAUGUUACAUGGUUGGCAGAUCAACAUUACAGUCGCGAAUGCGCUGCAUACGAGGAUCUGAGCCAAGCUGAAGUCGAUGGUAUUCUAGUGCCAAAGUACUAUGGUUCCUGGACCUUCAACAUGCCUCUGAAGCAAUCUCAGGACGUGCGACCGGUACGCAUGGUUCUUAUGGAAUGGAUCUCAGGCUUCAGCAUGCAAUCAUUGAUUGAUCGCCAAAAAGUUCGUCACUUUUCCCCUGAGGAGCGCCUCUGCAUACUCGCAAAGGCCAUGGAGGUCGAAUGCUAUAUCAAUUUUCAUGGUGUGAGGCACGGAGAUUUUGCUCCUAGAAACAUUAUGCUGGAGCCAAGUGUCGAUGCUCAAAAUCAUCGGGUUUUAUUGAUUGACUUCAAUUAUUCUUCGACCUUCAGCCGACCCAACUGCAAGUGGAAAAGGCAAAACGCAACACGCCCAACUAGCCCUCGUUAUCGUUAUUGGGGCCCAUGCCCGAACGACUUCUUUUUAUGGGUUCCCGAACCACAUCGUUCACGACCGGCAGCGUUCCAAGGUUGGUUGAAGAGUCAAUGGGAGCAUUCUGAAAAGUUCGCAGAUCGCGCAGAGGUGAAUCUUAGGCCCUAUUUUAACUAUGACGAGCCGGCCGAAAUGGUCCCGCCUCAGCCAGACGUCACCCAGGGUCAUUCUAAAAGGUUUUGUGUUGCUGUUAGUGGCAAAUCAUCAGUUUAUAUUGACUCUUACUAA